AUGAAGAGCAACUGCCUCAUUCAUAUCGUUAUUGUUCUCAACUUUCUUCUUCACCUCGCCAACCCAUUAUUCUUCAACCUCACAGAUUUUGGCCCUGAUGGAGACCUGUUAGCCUAUCAAGGUGAUGCUCAGUCCUUGUCUGUAGCUUUUCAACUCAACGAGCUAGAUGAGCCUUGCAGUGUUGCCCGGGCCACUUAUAUUGACCCCCUCUAUUUAUGGGACAACUCCACCAAGACAAUUACAGAUUUCACAACCCGGUUCUCGAUCACCACUGUCGGUCUCGAAGGCAACGACUACGCUGAAGGGAUAGCCUUUUUCCUUGCUCCAGUGGGGUACCCGAUCCCGCCAAACUCGUGUAAAUACCUGGCAUUGAUGAACUCAUCAAAUUUCAAUCCUUACACUCCCAGUCCUGUGGUUAUGGUGGAGUUUGAUACACAUGUGAACACUUGGGAUCCGGAAACUGAGCACAUUGGGAUCAAUAACAACUCCAUCAGAUCAGCAGCUACAACCAAAUGGGAUAGAGACAACGAAACUGAAGGCGGAAUUCAGAUCUUGAUUACUUACAAUGCUACAAUCAAGAACCUGACAGUGUUCUGGGCAUAUGAGAAAAAACCAGUUUUCAGGCCAGAAUCUUCACUUACUCAUCAUAUUGAUCUGACGGAGGUUCUUCCUGAGUGGGUUACAGUGGGAUUCUCAGGGUCAACGGGAGAAGGUACAGAGAAACACUUCGUCAAUUUUUGGACAUUCAACUCCACCUUAGAACCACGAGUAGUAACACCACCAGAACCAGCACCGGCACCCACACCAAAAGCGACGCUAGUUCCACCCCAGAAUGAUCAUCACCGGUCCAAAAAGUCGCAUUUCUUAGUGCCUACAGUGGUUUCUCUCUGUUCUCUUUUGUUUGGCGGUGGGUUGUUUUUGUUUCUACUGAUGAAGUGGAAAUCCAGGAAGAAAACCAACGGAAAGUCAGCCGUUUCUUUGAAUACCGAUUUGGAGAGAAGAGCUUUACCAAAGAAAUUUUCUUAUGCAGAGCUUUCUGCAGCUACAAAUGGAUUUGCAGAUGAAAGAAGGCUAGGUGAGGGAGGUUCAGGACUCGUUUACAGAGGACACUUGAGCGAUUUAGACCUCCAAAUUGCAGUGAAGAGAAUCCAUGCACAAUCAGGAAACUCCGGGGAUCUGUUCAUCAAUGAAGUGAAGAUGAUAAGCCGGGUAAUACACAGAAACUUGGUUCCAUUCAUUGGAUGGUGCAAUGAGCAGGGUGAGUUCUUACUUGUCUAUGAAUAUAUGACUAAUGGCAGCCUUGAUUCUCAUCUCUUCGGUAAUGGCAGAACCCUGCAAUGGAACUUGAGAUACAGCAUAGCCCUUGGCUUGGCCUCAGCCCUCCACUAUCUACAUGAAGAGGUUGAGAAAUGUGUCCUUCAUAGAGAUAUUAAGCCAGAGAACAUACUACUUGACAUGGAUUUCACAGCAAAGCUAGGUGACUUUGGGAUCGCCAAACACAUAGACACUCAGUUUCCAAUAGAGAGGACGAAUCCUGUGGGGACUCAUGGCUAUGUGGCCCCUGAAUACCUGGCAGAUGGCAAGGCAAGCAAAACUGCUGAUGUGUUCAGCUUUGGGGUUGUGGGCCUGGAACUUGCUUGUGGGCAGAGGAAUUACAGAGAAGGUGAUCCUUUGCUCUUGGUGAAAGAGGUAUGGGCACAUCACAAAACUGGGAAUAUUCUGGAUGCUGCUGAUGAGAAAUUGAGGAUGGACUUUGAUAUUAAGGAAAUGAGGUGCUUGUUGAAUGUGAGUUUAUUGUGUACUCACCCUACUGACAGCGAAAGGCCCUCAGCUGCUCAAGUAAUCCAGUAUCUCAAGUUUGAAGUCCCAGUGCCAGAGCUGCCUCAGAUGAUGCAUGAUCCUGUAUUCCCUUACAACUUGGAUGCCACCGAAAGAAGAACAAAAUAG